AUGACUGUGAUAGAUUUGAUCACCAGAGUCGAUGCGAUUUGCAAGAAAUACGAAAAGUACGAUGUCGAUAAGCAGAAAAACAACAACGUCGCCGGCGACGACGCUUUCGCUCGCUUAUACGGCGCUGUAGAGGCGGACCUCGAUGCUGCUCUCCAGAAAUCGGAGGCGGUCGCAACGGAGAAAAAUCGGGCGACAGCAGUUGCCAUGAACGCGGAGAUUCGAAGAACGAAAGCUAAAUUGCUUGAAGAAGUCCCGAAGUUACAAAGACUUGCUUUUAAAAAGGUCAAAGGGCUUUCAAAGGAAGAGCAUGAGGCUCGAAGUGAUUUAGUUGCUGCACUGAAAGAAAGGAUUGAAGCGAUACCUGAUGGAUCAACAACUGCAGCUAAACAAAGUGAUGGUGGGGCAACUUCGACCUCGUAUACAGGAAUCAAAAUUGAUUCAUAUUCAGAUGGGAAAUUCGAUAAUGAGUACUUUCAAGAAACAGAAGAGUCGAACCAGUUCAGGCAAGAGUACGAAAUGCGGAGGAUGAAACAGGAUCAAGGUUUAGAAGUUAUAGCAGAAGGAUUGGACACGUUGAAAAACAUGGCACAUGACAUGAAUGAGGAAGUGGACAGACAAGUGCCUAUGAUGGAUGAAAUAGAUGAAAAGGUUGACAGGGCUACCUCUGACCUCAAAAGUACUAAUGUGAGGCUCAAGGAUACUGUAAACCAGCUGAGGUCCAGCCGCAACUUCUGCAUUGAUAUCAUUCUGUUGUGUAUAAUCUUAGGCAUUGCUGCCUAUCUGUACAAUGUGUUGAAGUGAAAUUGGUGUUCAACCUACAACUUCCACGACCUCUCUACUUUUCCAGGUCAUGGGUCUUCUAUGGCUUUAGGUUCUAUUUGCGUUAACUUCUCCACUUGUAUGUAUUGUGGUAUAUUGUGUCUCCCUGGCUUGAGGAUUUUUAGUGUUUAUGUAUAAAAUUAUAUUUUUGGCCGUUUUAUGGUAACUUUUUAUCUUGUUUCAUAUACUAAAAAUUUCGGCAAUAUGAGCUCCCAUUUGUUUUAUGACAA